AUGUCCGAUCUCGCAGCACUUGGCUCCAAACUCUUCAGUGCCAACCCAGAAUCCCGCCCGAAGAUUGUGGGCACUGAGAAGCGCGUCAGAGGAGUCCUCAAUGGCAAAUACAUCUUCGACACAACUGCCGCCAAAUUAGUGUGGGAGAACGGGUUUUAUCCCAUGUACUGGAUCCCCAAGUCCGACUUCCUCGACAGCGCCAGGUUCACAGAUGACAAACCGAUUUCUGGCAUAGACUCGUCGACCUCGACGUUGAGCGUCGGCACCAAAUCCGUGCCGUCGCUCAUUGUUCCCGACUCGUUCAACUCCGAGCUGGUGGGCUACGUGAAGAUCGACUUCAAGGCCCUCGAUGCGUGGUACGAGGAGCAAGUCCAGGUAGUCUAUCACCCCAAAGACCCGUAUCACAGAGUCGACAUCCUCCCCUCGGGGCGACACGUGCGCGUCGAAAUCGACGGAGUAUGUCUCGCCGACACGGGCUCCGAAGGCGGCGUCAUGUCGCUCUGGGAGACCAACUUCCCCGCCCGCUGGUACCUGCCUCGCACGGCGAUCAAAUGGGAGCAUCUCACGCCGAGCGAAACGCACACGGGAUGUCCAUACAAAGGCGAAGCCAGCUACUACAACGCCGUGAUCAACGGCAAGGAAAUCAAGGACGUGGCGUGGUGGUACAAAAACCCGACCCAGGAGAGUGCCGGCAUCCUCGGCAUGCUGUGUUUCUACCCGAAUAAAGUUGAUACCUGGGUCGACGGGAAAGAAAUUGCAAAGAUUGGAAUGCCCACCAAAAAGUAG